AACCAGUUAGUUGUGAAAAGCAAAUGCCAUGAUUCCAAGAAUUCGAACAAAAAUUCUUACACCAACGAAGCGAAAACACAACCGCUCUUUUGCUGAAUGGAUUAGUUUAAGUUGUAAAAAUGUACGCGAUAAACUAUAAGAUAACAUAUCGUCAAUUUUGAUUUAAACCGAUAGUAAACAGGAAUGUAAAUAUGGGCUGUAAGAUUGGAUAUCGACUUUGCUUUUGUGUUUAACCAUUUUUUGUUAUAUGAAGGUAUUUAUCUCUUAGCUGCUGGUGAUAUUUAUAGAUACCUUGAUGUUAGUAAUUUUCGUGUAGAAUUUUUCAAGUGAACUUAAUUUAAAAUGGAAUCAAACAGUCCAAUUAUGGAAGAACGAUCACAUUUUACAUAUCAGAAACAAUUCUUGAUCGUCCUUAUUUCUACAACUGCUGCUGAACUGAUAUCCCUGUUUUCACUUGCCGGUCACUGGCGACAAUUAAGGUCGGAUAUAAUGUCAGAUAUAAUGGCUCCAAAGGAAUCUAACAUGUGCCUCCCGUUGGGAAAUUUUAUAUCUGUUGAAGAUGAUAGUCACCAGUGUCCAGACGGACUUAAGGAAAAGGUCAACAAAACAGAAGAAACAGAAGAAACAAGAUUAUGUUGUGGAUCUAUGAGCAUUGUACUCAAUAAAGUUUCAACAAAGAUUGUUAAAGAAAAGUAUGAUGACGAUGCUUUUCCGGAAUAUCAAUCACUUGAUAUGACGGCAUGUAACUGUUCCGAAAAGAAGACUGUACCGCUGGAAGCAAAUCUUGUUGGUAUUUUGGGUGAUAAUCAACAAGAUCAAAUGAACGCUUCUUCGAUGCUGUUUUGGAAUAGUACCUUCCCAUCGUUUUCUUGUCCUAGGCUAAGAUAUGUUACAGACGAUGGUACAAUACACAUAGAAACGAGUGGGUAUUUCUACAUUUCAUCACAACUCAAGUCAAAACACUACUCCAUAAAUGGCACAGCAGGAGUUUUGGGUGCCAAUUUUAAACAUUUCAUUUACAGAAUAUCAGAAGAUAGGAAAGAGCAAGUUCUGUUAGAAGGAGAAAAAUCGUUUUGUAUAGUUGCUUCAGACAGUUUUGAAUGUACAAGUUUUAUAGGUGCUGCUUUCAAACUUGAGACCGGAGACAAGCUUUAUGUAUCAACCUCUCAUCCUGGCAGACUUGUUCCCGAGUCUCAAGAUAAUUAUUUUAGCAUUUAAAGUGUGUGAUGUACACAUGUAUUUCCAUUGAUAACAAAGAUGUCAUAGAAAAGAUGACCACAUUUAUAUUUAUAAUUUAUCUGUCGUAAUUUUUCCAGUGUUUUUAUUCUAUAUUCAGUUAUGAGGAACUUAUUAAACUUCUAUCUACUUUACUAUACGUAUAGGACAAAAUAAGUUAAGUUACGUUUAGACCACUAUGGAUGUUAUUUGCCACUAGCGGGCAACAAUGAUAGGGACACACAUGCAAACAAUGGGAUUAAAGCAGGACUAUCAAUUAAAUCACAAAUAUAAUAAAUGUUGCUAGUUUAAUAAAUAAAAAAUAACUACUCUCAUAAUUAUUAUACAUUGCCGAAAUGGAUUCUUUGCAGACAUUUGUCUAGUUAUGUAGCAGCGAACAUUUAGUAAAAUUUGAUCUCAUAUUUUAAUGCAUUUUAUGCAGAUAUUUUACAUAAAAACCAUUUUGUGUGAAAAUAUGCAAUAUCAUGCUUUGUGAAAUUCAUACUUAUAUCACCAGAGUCAUAUAUUUUG